AUGAUAGAAGCACCUGUCUACACUCCACAAGAUGGAGACAACUGGAUGCUCGCGAAACUCAACGCUCAAUUAUCAGACUACAGCAAUAGUCAAAUUGUCGAACAUCUCUGUAAAGUUCACUUUACUAUUGAAGCAGUUUGUUUGGCUGUGGAGAGACAACUAUCUGAGAGCCAUCCAYUGUACGACUUCAUGCGUUUCCACUGUAGAGGUGUAUUCACUGCCAAUACUUUAGGAGGACCAACUCUCUUGAAGGAUGAGAAUGAUCUGGAUCAUAUUUUGGAAUUUGGAAAUGAAGGUGCUAAUUACUUGACAAAAGAAGCAGCAARGCUCAUAAACUGGCACGAUUUGGACUUGAAAAACAACAUCAAGAGAAGAGGAGUUGACGACAAAAAGCGUCUUCCUUAUUACCCGUACAGAGAUGAUGGUCUUGUGAUAUACGACGUCCUAAAUGGGAUGGUUAGAGACUACAUAAAUACAUUUUAUAAAGAUGACAGGAGCGUCAGGAAAGACUUUGAGCUUCAACACUUUGCUUAUGAAGUCUCCAAAGAAGGAAUCGGAUCGCUUCGUGGGUUCCCUGCCAGUUUAACUARCAAASCCACCUUGAUCAAGACUUUUACUCGCAUCCUUUGGAUAAUGACUGGYCAACACKCCKCCAUUAACUACCCUCAGGCAGACUAUGSSUCKUWYAUACCAAACCUGCCCACCAAACUCUAUGAUGUAGAAGAUGUGGCUAAGAAUAAAUUCUCUACUAAGCGACUGAACAACCGUAAAGGCUCAGCGAAACAGUUGUUCCUUGUCUCCGCCCUCUCUUCCUUCCGCAUGGAUCGUCUCUUUGAUUAUGGCCGCCACUUGAGAACAGAAGGAGGAAAACGUAUUGUAAACUACUACAAACACAAGCUGGAGGGGGACAUUGAGUCAAAAUUGCUCAAGAGAAACAAAGAGCGACUAGAACAAGGCCAUCUGACCUAUCCWUACUUUCAGCCYAGCUGGCUGACCAAUGGGAUACAAGCAUAAGCUGUUGGAAUGUAARCUAGGACYUUAAGGGGAAUAGRUUAAGAAAUAUUAAAAUGAGAAUGCCAGCAUAUCAAUUAGAUCGAUUUGGAUAUUCUCAGCUAACUCCACAUAUCCAUUACGCCUUUUCUUUUUUUUUCUGGGGGAUGUUAAAGUAAAGAGAUUUGGUAUUUCAUUAUCCAAAAUAAGUAAUCUAUAAACCUGAUAAAUAAGACAUCAUUGUAAACUCGGUAUAGACUAAUGGGAUGAUAUGACGAAUAAAAGAUUCAAAGAAAC